AUGGCCGACCAAUUCAAAGCACGAACUCUGAAGCGCAAGAAUGUCAAGGGCCUUGCCUUGAACGCUGCCCCAAAGCCCGCUGCCAACCCAUCCGACGGGGAUGCUCAGGUCCCUGGAGCUGUCGGCAACAGCGAGAGUACCCGGACUGAUACGCUGGAAAUUGGGUUGGAGUUCAGACUGGAUCUGCGCAGCGAGGAUUUAGUCACCCUUAAAGAACUUGGUGCUGGAAAUGGAGGCACUGUGUCAAAAGUCAUGCAUGUUUCGACCAAGGUUGUCAUGGCUCGGAAGAUUAUCCGGGUUGAUGCCAAAGAGGGUGUGAGGAAGCAGAUCUUGCGAGAACUCCAGGUCGGCCAUGAUUGCAACUCGCCGAACAUCGUGACCUUUUACGGGGCAUUCCAGAAUGAAGCAAGGGACAUUGUGCUGUGCAUGGAGUACAUGGAUUGUGGCUCACUCGAUCGCAUCUCCAAAGACUUCGGACCUGUUCGGGUCGAUGUCUUGGGUAAAAUCACCGAGUCGAUUCUCGCCGGCUUAGUUUAUCUCUAUGAGGCCCAUCGCAUCAUGCAUCGUGAUAUCAAGCCGUCCAACGUUCUAGUGAACUCUCGAGGCAACAUCAAGCUUUGUGAUUUUGGAGUCGCAACGGAAACAGUUAAUUCUAUAGCAGACACGUUUGUUGGCACAUCAACUUACAUGGCCCCGGAACGUAUCCAGGGUGGUGCCUAUACUGUCCGUUCGGAUGUUUGGAGUGUGGGUUUGACGGUUAUGGAACUGGCUGUUGGCCGAUUUCCAUUUGAUGCUUCAGAUUCCGCAGCUGGAGACCGGGCCAGCGCAGGCCCUAUGGGAAUUUUGGACCUUCUACAGCAAAUUGUUCACGAGCCUGCCCCCAAACUUCCCAGGAGCGACGCUUUCCCGCCGGUUCUGCACGAGUUUGUUGCAAAAUGUUUGCUGAAGAAGUCCGAAGAACGACCGACCCCUCUCGAGCUAUACGAGAAAGAUGCGUUCCUACAAGCCGCCAAGCGAACACCUGUUGACCUCCAAGAGUGGGCAAUCAGCAUGAUGGAACGGCACAACCGAAAAUCCUACUUAGCACCCCCCGCACCGAAAUCCCUGAAGGAAAGCAAAGAUACUCCAUCGCCUGGCCAGCCCAAGGCCCCAUCUCCUGUCCAUGCACAAAAGUCAGUGUCUAGCAAGUCCUCGCGUUCCGCAACCGGAGAAGUUCCUCUCAAUGUCGACCACGGCUCCUCUCAGCAGCGGCAAAACGUCCCUUCAAAUUCUUCCUAUUUCCCUUCGCGGCCAACUCGCUCUCCACCAGUCUCGUUGGAACACCUAUCUCUUGAAUCGAGGCAGGAUGAAAAUCGGUCGGCUCGUCGCCCCUCUCGAACUCCCCUAGGCGAUACAAGCUCCACCACGGAUCAGUCCCUACGGCCUUCUCUCGGUUCUCGUUCAGCGAGCUCUCACAAUACAAAUUCGCGAAUGCCCCUACAGAGCACGGCCCUACCAUUCCGUGCCGCACCUACGCCCGCAGCUCCAACCUCAGGAGGCUGGUCGCGGCGCGGCGACCACAUGACAGGAGCCGUGUAA